AUGUGAAGUAGAUUAAGUAAUAAAUGAAAGUUACAACUAAACAUGGACGGGAUUGUUCAUUUUGAUUUAAAAGGUGCUCCAUUGAAAAUCGAUUACUUAGCAUCAGUGUUCAAAAGCAUAAAGUCAUGGGGUGCUACAGGUAUACUUUUGGAAUGGGAGGAUACAUUCCCAUACGAUUCAAACUUAAAAGAUAUAGGCAGCCAAAGAAGUAGUAGUGGAUGUGGAGGGGAUGGUUUAUACAGCGUUGAUGAUGUACAAACUAUAUUUAGACUUGCCAAAGAAAAUAGUUUGGAAGUAAUCCAAUUAAUUCAAACAAUAGGUCAUCUGGAGUUUGUGUUGAAGCACCCAGCACAUAGCAAGCUGCGGGAAGCACCGCACUCCCCAGCAGUACUAUGUCCGACUAAACCUGAAUCCCUGGAACUUGUGACAACUAUGUUGCAGCAAGUGAUAGAUGCACAGCCUGAUGCUAAAUAUAUACAUAUCGGGGCUGAUGAGGUAUGGCACUCGGGAGUGUGUGAUGAAUGUAAAAGUACAGCUGCAAGCAGUGAACACGGUACAGUGUCAUUGUACUUGCAACACAUACAAAAUGUUACCUUAUUUAUAAAGGAAAAGAGGCCAGAUUUGAUUGUACUCAUGUGGGAGGAUAUGCUGCGCUCUAUAAAAUAUGAAGUACUCAAAGCAUACAAUCUUGGCGAUCUAGUCCAGCCUGUUGUAUGGCAUUAUAAUCAGGGACAUUGCUUUGAAUUGACACCAAACAUGUGGGAGACAUAUAGGCAUGUAUUUUCCAAAGUUUGGAUUGCAUCAGCGUUUAAAGGUGCUAAUGGUGGAUCCCAGGUAGUAUCGCCAAGUGAAAGAUAUGUCAGCAACCAAAAUGGCUGGUUGCGUGAGAUUGAGAAAUAUGCAUUCCGUUUUGAUUUUGUUGGUAUUAUAUUAACUGGAUGGUCAAGGUACGAUCACUAUUCAACACUGUGUGAACUCUUACCAGUUUCGCUUCCCUCUCUAAAGUGUUGCUUGAAUUGCUUUUUCAAAAGAGACUCGACACAACCAGUGGUGGAGGACUUGAUCCCGGAGGCUCAGUGGCCGGGUGGGGAGCUGGCGCGGUGGGUGCACUGCUUCGUUGUCCUCAAGGAACGCUGUUUCAACUUCAUACACGGCGACCAAGUAGCAACAUGGCUCAAUAGAUGGCAAAUAGACAAUGAGUUCACUAAUCCAUUGCAAGUUCAGAACAUCAUGCAGUUUUCUAAGCAUUUAUUAUCCGACAUGUUGGAACUGGAAGAAUUGAUAAGACCGCUGCUUCACCAGAUAACUGGGAGAAGGAGCGCAGAGGAGUGGCUCGGAACAUUCCUUAGACCUGUAGUUCAGCAGUUAACUGACAUAAAUGCAACAGCUGUGACUAGAUUCAAUGCCGGCGCUAGUGUACAACCGAAAUGUACGCAUAUUGAAAUAGAUUCUGAAAUGAAACCAACGGAAUAAGC